GCUGUAUAUCAACAAUUGCUAUCGUUCUUCGUCAUACGUCCGAGCUAAUUUUCGCAUUUAAUUUACAACACAAAAAAGACAAAGCUGGUAAUUCGUCAGCCAUGCAGGAACAAAGCCCCGAGUUGUACGAGGAGGUCAAACUAUUCCGCAAUGCUCGCGAACGCGAGAAGUACGAUAACAUGGCCGAUUUGUAUGCCAUCAUAAACACAAUACAGCAGCUGGAGAAGGCGUAUAUCAGAGAUUGUAUUACGCCGCAGGAAUACACAGCAGCGUGCUCCAAGCAUUUGGUGCAAUACAAGAUUGCCUUCAAGCAGGUGCAGUGCGAUGAGUUUCCCACUGUCGACACAUUUGUGAAGAAGUUCCGCCUGGAUUGCCCUGCGGCCCUGGAGCGUAUUCGCGAAGAUCGUCCGAUUACCAUACGCGAUGACAAGGGCAACACAUCGAAGUGCAUUGCGGAAAUUGUGUCGCUGUUUAUCACGAUCAUGGACAAAUUGAGGCUGCAAAUCAAUACCAUGGACGCACUGCAGCCAGAUGUCAAGGAUCUGGCGGACAAUAUGAGUCGCUUGUCGCUCAUUCCCGAGGACUUUGAUGCCAAGGAGAAGGUGGACAAAUGGUUAGGCACGCUGAACGAUAUGCAGGCAUCCGAUGAGCUGACCGAGGCGCAAGUUCGUCAAUUCCUUUUCGAUCUAGAGUCGGCCUAUGCCGAUUUCAACAAGCUACUCCAUAGCCAGUAAUUGUUAAUGCUUUUUAUAACGUCGUACAUUAUUAUAGUCUGUAUUAUUCGUAAACUGUCUCAAUAAAAGAACAAAUUUAAGAAUA